UUGUAAUUAAGUACACUGUGAGGUGUUAAUUUAAUUCGAUGUUUCCCCAACAACUACAAGACUAACUUGAUGUAUAGUACAUCUCAUCGUUUUUAAAUAAUGAGAAGCAGAGUUAAAAGUCUUCAAAGCUCUUUUUAACAGCUCAAAAUGAACCUGAUGCAACUUGCGGUUAAUAGAAAAAUAUCCGUUCUAAAAUCCGUGUUCAUUCAAUUGAAUGCCGUACAAUAUUCAUUCCAUUCCAUUUUCAAAUGUUGGAAAAGUAUAUAAAAUAAUUAUCAUCGCUUACAUUGUGCCAAGGCAUCGUGGUUACGAUAUUGCUUUAUCAGUAGCAUCUAGGGUUGCCACCUCUCUGUAUUUGACGCGGAGAUGCCGGUUUUUGAAGACGAUUUCCGAAUUUUUCAUGAAUUUCACCGGGUUUGAAGAGACGACGAAUAUUUUUUAUUUUUAUAGUACUGAAUUUCAAACGAGCUUUUGCGGUGUUCACGCAAGCUGUUUGUGAAACGAGAGAGCUGUGCUCCUUUGACGGAGCUUCCCUAGCGACUGUAGUGACGAAUAACCGGAUUCUUUGCGUUCUUUGACAAGUUACAAAUGGAUUGAAAGAGUUUAAACUGGCUUCUUUUCAACUCUGUCGGUAAUAAAAAUCGAAUAAGGUCUAAAAUAUCUAGCGAUCGAUUUCAGUAAAAUUUCUGCCUGGUUUUUCAUAAAGCCUUUCGCAGGUCAGUAAAUAUCCUCGGGUAAAAAAUUCACCAGAGCUGGCAACCCUAAUAGCAUCAUCAAUCCCAAAUUUAAGCGGCUAUUGAGAAAAAUUCUCGAGUAACAUGAUUAAAACGUUUAAAUUAAUUGUCUAAAUACACAAGAAGAUUCCGGAUGAUCCGGAGUACAAUCCCAUUAGUAAACGAAAGAGAAGAUUUGUCUUUGCUUUUAUCUGUCAACAGUUGUAGACCGAUUUGUACAGUAUUUGCUUUUGAAAUUUUUUUUAACAGUUGGCUUUUUGGUCCUAAUCACGUGUUGGUUCAUUAUUUUGAAAUCCCCAAAUGGCUGCCACACCGGAUCGUCUAAACAACUCCAAAAACCGAAUCCAAUCACCUCGCACACCAACAUCCCCAUCGGACACGACAGUUGGAGCAUCCCGGGUUAAGGACGCGGUGGAAAAAUGUAUCGAUUUGUAUCAAAAAUGGCGGAUUACCACCCAGAAGGGAGCUCAGUACUGCAAUGCUAUCGAAUCGAUCGAAAAAGGAGUCUUGGAACCCAAAGCGAAGAAUUGCAACCCGUAUCCGGCGAACUUGGAGCUGUACUGUAAAAACUUGGCUAUUCUGAAUGGUAUUCUGGAGGAAGUGGUCAACGAUCUUGAUAUGAUCGUUCAACAACAGCAGGUACUAGAGCUGGUGAUGAAAGGUGAAUUGGUUGGAAGGAGCUGGAGCAUGGAGUACGUGUUGGAUGCACUACGAAGGAUACUACAAUCGUUCAGAUCUGAACUUGUUCUGAGAAAGGUAGUUACUGAGAACAUUGGUCACGGCUGCAGUGUCCAAGAGCUGGCUCUUCAUGUGGCAUUCUGGGAACAACUAUCCAACCAAAACGAAAAUAUGAAUCUACUCGUGAAGAUGUUGCACUCUGAGCUCAAUAUACCGCUUACAUCAUAAAAAUACACUCCAAAGUAAAUUACAGGCUGUGAUAAAAUUUAAAAAAAUAUUGAAUACAUUGAAGUUGUAGCUUGAACAAAAAUAAGUCAACCUGAAAGAAAAUAAAUGCUCCAU